CUUAAACAGGGUGUUACGUUUAAAAUACAGUCGGCUCAAUCCGGUACACAAAUCGAAGAAGAUGAACAUUGCGUUCACAGCACCGAAUCCCACGCUACUCUGUGUGGCGCAGUGCAGUGAUGUCUGCGCUGCUUUGGCUCGUUGCAGGAGCCCUUUUAUUUUACAUUCUACUCUAUUACAGUGUGUUCAAGGGAGCUACGUUCUCCAGCUCAGUGAAGCUGAAUGGGAAGACGAUCAUUGUUACAGGAAGCCACACUGGUAUCGGCAAAGUCACGGCUCUAGAUCUGGCAAAGAGAGGAGCCAGGGUGAUCCUGGCCUGCCGCAACAAGGACAAAGCUGAGGCUGCUGCUUUCGACAUCCGGACAGAGAGUGGGAACAAUCAGGUGGUGUUCAUGCAGUUGGAUCUUGCAAGUUUAAAGUCUGUUCGCUGCUUUGCUGAAACCUUCCUGAAAACUGAACCCAGACUGGACAUCCUUAUCAACAAUGCAGAUGUGAUAGGUCCAGGACGCACUGAAGAUGGUUUUGGCAUGGCCCUCGGAGUCAACCACCUGGGUCACUUUCUGCUGACCAACCUUCUCCUGGAGAAACUGCAGCAGUGUUGCCCCAGUCGUGUGGUUACCGUGGCAGCACUUCUGCACCGCUUCGGCACCGCCAACUUCCCCAUGCUGUCUUCCAAGAAGGACUCUGUGUCUAGUCAGUCAACCUGGCACAACUUUCGAGCCUACUGCAACAGCAAGCUGUUCAAUGUACUCUUCACCAGGGAGCUGGCCAACCAGCUGGAGGGUACCGGUGUCACCUGCUACAGCCUUUACCCAGGAGUCAUCAGCACAGAACUGUGUCGUAGUAUGAGCCUGUGGCUGCAGCUGCUUGUGAUGCCCUUUGCCAAGCUCUUCUUCCUGGACCCUGAGGGGGGAUCCCAGACUACCGUGUACUGUGCACUGCAGGAGGGCAUUGAGUCUCUCAGCGGACGUUACUUCUCGAGCUGUGCACUGCAACAAGUGGGAGCCAAGGGAAGAGAUGACGCCCUGGCAAGGAAGCUGUGGGAAUUGAGCGAGAGGUUAACCGGUUUAUCAUAGCCUACUGAUCACUCUUAUCAUCAUCACAGGUCUCCAGAGUCAGGGGCUUAUUGUUGGUUUACUUCUUACUUCUUUUUUCUCAAAAUAUUAUAAUAAUAUUAAUAUUAUAAUAAUAAUCACAUCUUACACUUGUGCCUGUUGUUUUUCCUAAUGGCAGUUAAUCACACGUCACUGUGAUUUUCUUGCUACAAUUUUAUCCAGGGGGGAGUAGAGCACGUUUUUUAGGUAAAUGCUGCGUUGGACCAGAAAUGUCAAAAGUUCUCUUGAUGUUGCAAUGACUUUGUGCUGUCUUUGGUUCUAAGUGGACAUUACAUCUUCUCAAUUAAUUCAGCGGCAUGUGCUUUAUUUAUACUAUGCAAUCUUUUUGUGGAUCAGUUUUUAUGACGAAGGGGGAAUAGUGUCAGCUAAAGUUUGGCUAAAGGGCCAGAAUUCACCACAGUGAAAAUAAACAUAAAACCUUACCUUGUUCACCCAGUCCGUU